AAUAAACCAGCAGCUGCUGGUCCAUGAACCAACUUACCACUGAAAACAGGGCACUGUAUACAUGGGACAGGAUGCUUUCAUGGAGCCUCUCAGCAGCACAAGUGGGAUCUUUCAGUGGAAAAUAUACCUUCUUCUCUUAGCAGUGGAUUGUUCGGGGCUGAAGGUGAUGGUGCCAUCACAGACCGUCCAUGGGAUCAGGGGUCAGGCCCUCUACCUUCCGGUGCACUAUGGCUUCCAUACUCCAGCAUCAGACAUCCAGAUCAUAUGGCUGUUUGAGAGGCCCCACACAAUGCCCAAGUACUUGCUGGGCUCUGUGAAUGAGUCUGUGGUUCCUGACUUGGAAUACCAACACAAGUUCACCAUGAUGCCACCCAAUGCAUCUCUGCUUAUCAACCCACUGCAGUUCACUGAUGAAGGCAAUUACAUCGUGAAGGUCAAUAUUCAGGGAAAUGGAACUCUAUCCUCAAGUCAGAAGAUACAAGUCACUGUCGAUGAUCCUGUCACAAAACCAGUGGUCUGGACUUACCCUUCCUCUGGGGCUGUGGAGUAUGUGGGGAACAUGACCUUGGCAUGCCAGGUGGAAGGGGGCACCCGACUGGUUUACCAGUGGUUAAAGAAUGGGAAGCCUGUCUGCACCAGCUCCACCUAUUCCUUUUCUCCUCAAAACAACACCCUUCAUAUUUCCCCAGUGACCAAGGAAGACAUUGGGAAUUACAGUUGCCUGGUGAAGAACCCAGUCAGUGAGAUGGAAAGUAACAUCAUUAUGCCCACAAUAUAUUAUGGACCUUAUGGUCUUCAAGUUAAUUCUGAUAAAGGGCUAAAAGUAGGGGAAGUGUUUACUGUGGACCUUGGAGAAGCCAUCCUAUUCGAUUGUUCUGCUGAUUCUUAUCCCCCCAACACCUACUCCUGGAUCCGGAGGACUGACAAUACAACAUAUGUCAUUAAGCACGGGCCUCACUUGGAAGUUGCAUCUGAGAAAGUAGCCCAGAAGACAACUGACUACGUUUGCUGUGCUUACAACAACAUAACUGGAAGGCGAGAUGAAACUCAUUUCACAGUCAUCAUCACUUCCACAGGACUAGAGAAGCUUGCACAAAAAGGCAAAUCAUUGUCCCCUUUAGCAAGUAUAACUGGAAUAUCACUAUUUUUGAUUAUAUCCAUGUGUCUUCUCUUCCUGUGGAAAAAAUAUCAACCCUACAAAGCUAUGAAACAGAAGCUAGAAGGCAGGCCAGAAACAGAAUACAGAAGAGCUCAAACAUUUUCAGGCCAUGAAGAUGCUCUGGAUGACUUUGGAAUAUAUGAAUUUGUUGCUUUUCCAGAUGCUUCUGCUGUUCCCAGGAUGCCAAGUAGGUCUAUUCCAGCCUCUGAUGGUGUAUCAGGGCAAGAUUUGCAUAGUACAAUUUAUGAGGUUAUUCAGCACAUCCCUGCCCAACAACAAGCUCAUCCAGAGUGAGCAUUCAUGGGCAAAUCAGUACAUUGAAGUGAAAUAAUGAAGGGACAUUUUGAGAAAAAAACUGUGGAAAUAUAUAUUCAUCUGGAAUCAGUGAAGAACUCAAACCCAAAACCUUUUAUUCAUUACUUCUUUCAAAUGCAGACUAGAAGCAUUUAUACAAAUUGGACUGCAGAUUUUCCAGCAUACACACAAGGAAUUAUGCACCAGAGAAACAGUGGGGAAAUAUUUCUCAAUGGACAUUCUUAUCAUGGGGACUGGAAGGAAGAAAAGAAUGAAGCUUCCCAGUCACUUAUUUUUAGAUUAAAUUUCUCUUUAAAAGCCCAGUGCAUUCUAAUCUAUACUUCCACUUUCAUCAACAUUGAUGCUAUCCUAAUCUCACCUAUAAUUAUGGAUUUACAUUUGUAAAUUUUCCAGUAGGUUUUUGUUUUAUUAAAUUCCCAUUACUAUUUAGAUGGCUAAAAAAAUUUUAAACCCCAAAUUUAUUUCUUGUUAUUUGUGCCACAAAAUAAUGAGGAUGGUUGUUCCAAAGUAAGCCUGUGCCUUCUCCCUGAUUGUCAAGGGUGUUUUUGAAAAAAGACUUGCAAAAAUGCUUAAAGAAUGACUUAUUGAAGUCUUAUUUUUAUUUUGUUCAAAGAAAAAUGGAUUCAAAUAAAUUAUUCUGU